CCUGGAGUGUCUUACAAAGACAAUCCAUGCAAGAAGGUGAAGAGCAACAUCUGGUGCUCACUUUGCAAGAAGUACCUCUGUGUGAAACAAGGCUCAUCCUGCUGGGUGAAUUGGCACACAAAGGUGGGAUACUGGUCCUAG